GAGAGAGAGAGAGAGAGAGAGAGAGUCUUACAAACUCCAAAGCUCCAAAAUGUUAUUCUCUCCCAUCCUCUACUGAGUUGAGGGUUAGGGUUACGCUUUUCUGCUUGGAAUUUAUUUGGUGAGAGAAAUGGAGGAAGAGGAUGAGUAUAGAAGGAAGGAGCGGUUGGCAUUGGUGGUCAUUGUGGUGCUUGCUUCACUGGCCGUGGCUUCCUUACUCGUCGCCUUCAGCUACUACUGCUACAUUCGCAACAAGGUCGCCAAGCGCUUCGAGAACCACAAGGGGUUUGGGAAUGAGGACAAAGGUGCUUUGUCAAAUCUGCAAGUUGCUUCCAGUAAAGGACUUCAGGUCUUCACCUUCAAGCAACUACAUUCUGCUACUGGUGGUUUCAGCAAGUCAAAUGUGGUUGGCAAAGGAGGAUUUGGGUUAGUGUACCGAGGUGUUCUCCAUGAUGGGAGGAAAGUUGCAAUUAAGUUUAUGGACGAAGCAGGAAAGCAGGGAGCAGAGGAAUUUAAAAUGGAGGUGGAGUUGCUAAGUCGGCUGUGUUCUCCAUAUUUGUUGGCGCUGCUUGGGUAUUGCUCAGAUAACAAUCACAAAUUGUUGGUAUAUGAGUUCAUGGCAAAUGGUGGUUUACAGGAACAUUUGUAUCCUGGGAGUGGUCCUAAUGCUCCCUCCAUGAAGUUAGACUGGGAAACUCGGUUGAGAAUAGCUCUUGAAGCUGCAAAGGGUUUGGAGUAUCUCCAUGAACAUAUUAGUCCUCCCGUGAUUCACAGAGAUUUUAAGAGCAGUAACAUUCUCUUGGACAAAUAUUUUCAUGCCAAAGUUUCUGAUUUCGGAUUGGCCAAGCUUGGAUCUGACAAGGCUGGAGGCUAUGUUUCCACCAGAGUAUUGGGUACACAGGGAUAUGUUGCCCCAGAGUAUGCGUUAACAGGGCAUCUGACAACUAAAUCAGAUGUGUACAGUUAUGGGGUUGUGCUUUUGGAGUUGCUUACAGGCAGAGUUCCAGUUGAUACGAAGAGACCUUCUGGAGAAGGUGUUCUUGUUUCUUGGGCUUUGCCUCAGCUGACAGAUAGGGAGCAGGUUGUUCAGAUCAUGGAUCCUGCAUUGGAGGGUCAGUACUCAUUGAAGGAGGUCAUUCAGGUGGCAGCAAUUGCUGCGAUGUGCGUUCAACCCGAGGCAGAUUACAGGCCACUGAUGGCAGAUGUUGUGCAAUCACUGGUCCCACUUGUGAAGAUUCACAGGUCAACUUCAAAGGUAGGCAGCUCUUCUAGCUUUCAUGCAACAAAGUCACCAACACCGCAGAGUUGUAAAGCAAGUCUAUGAAACAAGUUGAAGACAUGCAUAAAUUAUCUCCGUAAGGCUUCUUAGGUAUCUUAUACUUCUAGGGUUUUUGUAGUCUGCUAAUUUGAUAGAAGAGGAAACUAGAUUGAAGUAAAUAUAAUGUUAUCUAAAUUAUGUAAUAAUAUAAUUGGAAACAUGUGACAGUUAACAUGCUUACAACUUUCCUGUUCAAGAUCUUAUUAAGAAAUGGUCAACAAGCUGAGGCUCUGCGUAAUCCAGUUGAUGAUUCAAAAUUAA